GGUCGUUGGAGUCAUCUGAGUGCUGCCAGCUCGUUCGCUUGCCGGUCCGCGCCCCGCCCGCCCCAGCCAUGCUCUCCGCCUUCGCCCGGCCCGCCGGCGCCGCUCUCCGCCGCAGCCUCAGCACCUCAGCCCAGAACAAUGCGAAAGUAGCUGUGCUAGGGGCUUCUGGAGGAAUUGGGCAGCCCCUUUCGCUUCUCCUGAAGAACAGCCCCCUGGUGAGCCGCCUGACCCUCUACGAUAUUGCUCACACACCUGGAGUGGCCGCAGAUCUGAGCCACAUUGAGACCAGAGCGACUGUGAAAGGCUACCUGGGACCUGAGCAGCUGCCAGACUGCCUGAAAGGUUGCGAUGUGGUGGUCAUCCCGGCUGGAGUCCCGAGAAAACCAGGCAUGACACGAGAUGACCUGUUCAACACCAAUGCCACGAUUGUGGCCACCCUGACUGCUGCCUGUGCCCAGCAUUGCCCUGAGGCCAUGGUCUGCAUCAUUUCAAAUCCGGUUAACUCCACCAUCCCAAUCACAGCGGAAGUUUUCAAGAAACAUGGAGUAUACAACCCCGAUAAAAUCUUCGGGGUGACAACCCUGGACAUUGUCAGAGCCAACACUUUUGUUGCAGAACUGAAGGGUUUGGAUCCGGCUCGAGUCAAUGUUCCUGUCAUUGGCGGCCACGCUGGGAAGACCAUCAUCCCCGUCAUCUCUCAGUGCACUCCCAAGGUGGACUUUCCACAGGACCAGCUGACAACCCUCAUCGGACGGAUCCAGGAGGCCGGCACCGAGGUGGUGAAGGCUAAGGCUGGAGCAGGCUCUGCCACCCUGUCCAUGGCGUAUGCUGGAGCCCGGUUUGUCUUCUCCCUCGUGGAUGCGAUGAACGGAAAGGAAGGAGUUGUCGAAUGUUCCUUUGUUAAGUCUCAAGAAACGGACUGUCCCUAUUUCUCCACGCCAUUACUGCUGGGGAAAAAGGGCAUCGAGAAGAAUCUAGGCCUUGGCAAACUCUCCUCUUUCGAAGAGAAGAUGAUAGCCGAGGCCCUUCCUGAGCUGAAAGCCUCAAUCAAGAAAGGAGAAGAGUUUGUAAAGAGCAUGAAAUGAGAAAGCAGCUGAUGAGCAGCUGUUUCCCUAACUUAUUAAGGCGUCAUGUCAUGUAAAGCCAUUUCAGACCCCUUUGUAUUUCACUUUGCUUCCAUGAUGAGUGUUGUAUUACUGUCACCGUCCCUUCCAGAUCUCGGGCGGUCCGCUGGUGCAUCAAUAAAAGCAGGCUCUGGUUUUCUUUUUCAA